UAGCACAGCAUCCACGGUAACGUUCUCUGUUUGUCUGCUUCGAACGAUCGUUAACUGCGAAGCUGCUUGUGCCAUCGGCUCAUGCCCCCCCCCUCCCUCCUCCCUCCCACUUUAGUCAGUGCAUCUCUCAAGAGGACAAAGCUUCUGCAGGAGCUCAAGAAUACAUAUCACUACUUCAACUUCGUCAUCUUCUUCAGGAGUGUUCUAACAGUGGCACAAAAGCCAAAUUUUUCGCAGUUUGCAUUUCUACUAUUAGCCUUUCAACGGUUCCUGUCUGAUGUUAGUCUCCCGGAUGAAAUUCGCUGGGAUAGCACAGCAUCCACGGUAACGUUCUCUGUUUGUCUGCUUCGAACGAGUCAGUGCAUCUCUCAAGAGGACAAAGCUUCUGCAGGAGCUCAAGAAUACAUAUCACUACUUCAACUUCGUCAUCUUCUUCAGGAGUGUUCUAACAGUGGCACAAAAGCCAAGUAUCCUUUCAACGGUUCCUGUCUGAUGUUAGUCUCCCGGAUGAAAUUCGCUGGGAUAGCACAGCAUCCACGAGUCAGUGCAUCUCUCAAGAGGACAAAGCUUCUGCAGGAGCUCAAGAAUACAUAUCACUACUUCAACUUCGUCAUCUUCUUCAGGAGUGUUCUAACAGUGGCACAAAAGCCAAAUUUUUCGCAGUUUGCAUUUCUACUAUUAGCCUUUCAACGGUUCCUGUCUGAUGUUAGUCUCCCGGAUGAAAUUCGCUGGGAUAGCACAGCAUCCACGGUAACGUUCUCUGUUUGUCUGCUUCGAACGAUCGUUAACUGCGAAGCUGCUUGUGCCAUCGGCUCAUGCCCCCCCCUCCCUCCUCCCUCCCACUUUAGUCAGUGCAUCUCUCAAGAGGACAAAGCUUCUGCAGGAGCUCAAGAAUACAUAUCACUACUUCAACUUCGUCAUCUUCUUCAGGAGUGUUCUAACAGUGGCACAAAAGCCAAGUAUAUUUUUCGCAGUCUGCAUUUCUACUAUUAGCCUUUCAACGGUUCCUGUCUGA